UCCGUGGUCACAUACUCUCCAUUUUUGCAAGCGUUUGUUUUAUUUAUUUUGUAACAACAAAUUACGACGAAUAAGCACCUGGGUCGCCGUUAAUUCGUUGCUAGAAGAGCCAGUAAAGCGCCAAAGCAUACAAAUACCAUGGGCGAACAACCGAUUUUUACCUGCCAGGCGCAUGUUUUCCAUAUUGAUCCCAAGACGAAACGCACCUGGAUCACCGCCAGCAUGAAGGCCGUAAAUGUGAGCUUCUUUUACGACAGCUCGCGGAAUCUGUAUCGCAUCAUUAGUGUCGAGGGCACCAAGGCGGUGAUCAACUCCACCAUCACCCCGAACAUGACAUUCACACAGACCUCCCAGAAGUUUGGCCAGUGGAGCGAUGUGCGUGCCAAUACGGUGUAUGGACUGGGCUUUGCCUCCGAGGCAGAGUUGACAAAGUUUGUUGAGAAAUUCCAGGAGGUGAAGGAGGCAACCAAAAAUGCCAUGAAAUCGGCAAAUGGCUCGAAUGCCGUAACGCCCACCACAUCAGCAAAUACUUCGCCCAUUUCCGGACGGGCCAUUGGUGCCAUGCAAAACGAUAAUACUGCCAUCGAUCCGCAUACCGUGGAGCCGCCAAAUAUGAGCAAUACAAACACACAGAACGCCAAUCCGGACAGUCCCUCCCACAAGCUGCUGAACACCAGCGACGGCAAGCCGGACAUUGGCUCGGCCACGCCCUCACCACAGCCCACUAAUGUAGGAGCAGGCGAUUUGAGAGGAGGCGGUGUAACAAUCUCCUCGGGCGGAAGCAUUGUGGGCAUGCAUACGGGACCGGGAGCGGGUGCCACAGCCGAGCAGCAGCUAAAAUACGAGAAUGAACGCCUGAAAAUGGCACUGGCACAAAGCUGUGCCAAUGCCAAGAAGUGGGAAAUCGAGCUGGCGACCUUAAAGAACAACAACAUACGCCUGACCAGUGCAUUGCAGGAAUCGACGGCCAAUGUGGACGAAUGGAAGCGUCAAUUGCACACCUACAAGGAGGAGAAUAUCCGCCUAAAGCGUGAAAUGGAUAUGAUGCGCGUUGGAGGUGCUGCUGGAGCUGGUGCGGCUGCCGGGACAGGUACAGAGGAUGAACUGCGUCGCGAAGUGGCGGCCCUGAAGGCGCGCACAGAGCAACAACAGGCGGAGUUGCUGCAACAGGAACUAGAGCUUAAGACGGUGAAUCUAACGCUAAGGGAAAAGUGCAAUGAUCAGACUCUGGCAAAACUGAGCGAACUGAAUGUGGUGUUUGCCAAGCAGCUGUCGGAGCUGUAUGCCGUGCAAAAGGAUAUGGAAAAUGUUAUACAUCCCGCCAAGUGCACUUGAGACACAGAGUCGGGGGUUAAAAGAAAGGUUUCAGCGCAGGAACAGACUACAAUGGCAACCACAACAACAACAACUACAACGACAUCAUCGACCACCACAACUAGUAAACGUUAUUUAAGCAAUUUUCUUAUGGCCGAGGCCGAGAGCACGCUCUCGAAUGUCACCUCGAUCCACACUCAGCUGCAGUCGUCGCUGUAUGAGACCCAGAACACGGCACAGCUGAAAGCCCUCGACAAGCACUCGGCCCUGCUGCAGGAGCUGCACCAACGACAGGCUGCACCGCGACUUCGCAGCAGCAGCUCAGUGGCCGCCAGUGAGGCAGCUGCUGCUGCCGCUGCGGAGACUGCCGCAGCCGCCUCUGGUGGGGGGGCAAAAACUGCCACAAUACUCGUAUCAAAAUCAAAAACUAAAACCGGGCUGCCCCUGUUGCUGAAAAAUUCCAUUAACAAUUAGAGAAUCGCAGGAAGAAAUGGAUGAGAAAUGUAGUCAGCGGCAUUUUUGUAAUCUUUAUAUAUUGGUAGUUUGUAUACAAAAAAGGAAAAAGGACGAGAGUAACGUCAAGAGGAAAAUGGCAGGCACCCCCCUUAUGUAUUUGUACCACUCACACCCCUCCCCCACAAUCAUUGUAGGCUUAGAGUUUCGUCAUUUGUAUGUAUAGCGUCUUUUUUGUGUCCCCCCUAAUCUCCCACCCUCCCCCACACCACAGUAUUUUUAAACCGAAUCGUCUCGACUUUUUGCAGAUCUUUUAAGCAGAAAGUGAACGAAAAAUUGAUUUAAUUCUCGUGCGCGAAUAUUCCCAGUGCAAUAUUUAUGCAAUAUAAACAAUGAUAUUAUAUGUGCGUGUUUGUACUCCACACAAUUUCAGCUAAUUGUUAAUUAAUUUUUAAUGAGAGCUUGACAAUGAAAAACAUCUUACCCCCAAACAAAAACAAAACCCAAACUCAUUUCCCAAAGACAUCACAAAUUCUAUCGAACAAAAAGCGACAAGCAUUUUAUUUUGUAAAUGUGCUCGACAAAACAAACUGUUUUAUUUUAUAGUGUUUUUAAACUAAUUUAUAUAUUUAUUUAUUGUACUGUUUUGUGUGUUUUUUUUAAAUGUACUCUGGAAAGACCCCUCCAUCAUCAAUGUAUUUGCAAUUUAUAACGAUAAUUUCACUAAAACAUUAUGCAUACAUAAUACUAUACAUAUAUACAACAUAAAUAUAUGAAUUUACCGUAUGUAUAACUAAACAAUGACUUAGACGACGAACAUACUAAGAAAAGAAAGCAAAACGCAAACCAUAUAUGGUACAUAAAAAUCUAUAAAAAUAAAGAGAAUUUUAUAAAUAACAGAAAAAACAACACGAACGAAGGGCGAAGAAGAGGGAACAGAACAAGUCCCAGUAAAAAUAACGAAAAACACUAGCAAAGUAAUUUAAACGAAUACCAAGUCAAAGGUCACGAGUCAUGUGGAAAACUAGUUUAAUAUAUUAACAAAUUAUAUAUAUAAAAUAUAAAUAAAAUACUAAAAAUGCUAACUCGGAAAAGCCAGCAGCAAAAUAGUACAUAAAAUAAUCCUCCUUACACACCCACAACCACACAACAACAAAAA